AUGAAUUUUGAAAAGCAUAUCUUGAAGUACCUAGAUGUUACUGAUUAUACAGAAUGGAGUUUGCUAGGACUCCUAGAGUAUUUGGCAGGAAAAGUGAGCUACUCAAGUGCAAGCUUAGAAGAUAUUAUUGACAAUUUCACAGUUGUUCUGCAAGCUAGAUCUACAAACAAAGCCUACCUUAGAUCGGCACAAAAAAAAGCUGAAAGACUCUAUAUAGGGUUGGAUUCAACGAGAACUCGACCAGAAAUUCUACAAUUUCUUAAAGUUUUAGAUUUGGAGCAUGCUGAAAACCUGUACAGCAUGGAUGUUGAACUCGGCGUCGUCUCAAAUAAAUCCGCCCUGUCUAUUAAGAAGAAAUCGAAGUCUCCUCUUGAAAGCGAUCAGGCAACACCAAUUAGAGAUGCACCCUCUCUAGUAACGUCUUCUGCAAGCAACUCGGUCGCUGCCUUAAUUGAUUCAAGGAGUCCUGAAAAGAGGAAGCGUGAAGAAGAUAAUGAAAUUGCAAUGGAUAUUUUUAGCAAUGAAGUUGAAUGUUCAGACACAAUGCGAGACAUUUGUUCUGAGCAUACAAAAUACUACCCUGACGACGACGUUAUUGAUCUACGGCCAAAAUCGACAUUCUCCAAGCGACUAUCAAGCCGAAUCAUCGAAAAAUAUGUUGUGGAAAUCGAGGAGAAAACGGAGAGUCUGAUUCCCGAAAAUGUGCAUAAUUUUCUCACAGAAUUCUUUUCUCAAGAUUUAACUGGCGCAGAAUGGCAGCAAAGAAUCGAUGAUUUACGAUCACCCGACGACAGCGAUACAUUAAUGGUUGCAACAAUGCGAAUUCUACGGCGGACGUUGCCGCAAUUUGUGAAAGCAUUCUCUCUUGGCGCUUUCAAUCCUCUGCUGAGUGUCCACUAUGAGUUUGGCGAGAUUCCGUCUAAAAAUCACGUCAAUCGCGAAUGUGCAGAUGGCGUCGGAUUUAUGACAAGUGCGGACAAAUUUCAGCUUGUCUAUGUUGAAGGAUCUAGGCCAACAGCCAAAGACACCAAAGAAAUUGCAGACGCCAGAAAAGUAGCAAGAAAUUUGCAAAACAUGUUCUCAGAAAUUGUUAAAACUACGAUAAAUAACCGACGGCGCCUUCCAGCGGAUAUGUCUGUCUUUGGCGGCCAAAGCUUUGAACUGAGGAUAUAUCUUCAUUUCUUGGACUAUUGUGGCAAACCCCGCUUAAACGAGGUCGAUAACGCAAAUGUUCCACGUGAUUUUUCGGAGAUGCUAGACUUUGUCUCGUAUUACGAAUCUGAUGAUCAAAAACGUCACGAAUUCUUUCAAGAAGAUCAGAACGGAGAAAAGACCAUCGAGACUAUCGUACGUAAAAAGCAUCCGCCUUCUGGAAGAUGA